AUGAAGAACAGACCUGAAAGAAGAGCCCGUGAGAGAGAGAGUGUGGCAAGGAGAUGCCUUUUUGUCAGACGGCAGCCAGCAUCUUCACCGGUCCUUCUGAAGCGGAGCGGAGCUGCCCGUAGGCCCGCAGGGGUGGCGGAGGGCAGACAGACGCCGGUGGCGGCCGUCGCUGGAGAGGAGCAGCGGGAGCCUUGCCCGCGCAGCGUCCUGCUGGACCAAAGUCGGCGGCACCGGACGGCGUUCACGCGAGAGCAGCUGACCCGACUGGAGCAGGAGUACGGCAAGGAGAGCUAUGUCUCCAGGCCCAGGCGCUGCGAACUGGCCGCGGCGCUCAAUUUACCGGAGACAACGAUAAAGGUGUGGUUCCAGAACAGGAGGAUGAAGGAUAAACGCCAGAGACACUCCUUGCCUUGGCCUCACCCUCUCGUCGACCCCCUGGGUGCACUUUUGGUAGGCCGUGCCUCUCCUUCAUCCACCUUACCAUACCCCUUCAUCCCGCCCCAGCUCCCCCUCCACCACUACUCCCCCCUGGCUCUCUCCUCGCCAGCAUCCCAAACUCACAGUCCCUACAGUGCACCCAUGAGGCCCCUGGAUGCACUCCGCCUCUCCCAGUACCACAAUAGGCCAGGGGGGCUGCCUCAGACAACAGCAGCCCUCUACCCAUCCGCCAGCAUCGUGCACCAUCCAGCUUCAUGCCCCUGUCCCCUUUGUCUUCACUGGGGACCAGAACAACUUCUUAAAGCCAGAGGGGACGCACUGGGACUGAGCCAGCCCCGUAGUCCCAAGGCCAACAUCCAGCCUGCCAGUCUGGAGCGGAGAGAAGAGAUAGUGUAAAUCCAGACAGAAACUACACCAUGAUCUCCAAGGUUGUUAAACUGCUGUCAAAUGAGUUGCUGCCAACAAAUGGCAG